UUUAGGACAAAAAAUGUUGUCGCAUCACUCAACAGCUGUGAGGUUCUUUGGUAUGACAGUGGACAAAAACAUGGUGUUUCUACCAUUGCUUGACGCAACAAAGCUCUAAUUCUUCAGCAUUACUGGCAUGUAGAAGCUUCUAAAAAAAUCUAAAGGUGCAUCCACACGACAGUAAAACAUGUCAGAACAUGUUGGUACUUUAUUGCUUACUUUUACAAACAGGUUGAAUACAAGUUAACGACUUACUGGCAGUUUUAACCAAUGCUUUAUACGAUCAUUCGACACUGCCAAAGUUUUGUUCUCCACUUACGGUCAAAACUUGUUUCAAACAUGUUUGUGAUAUAAAUCCGAUAAAUUCCAGCAUUUUUUUACGACACAUUUACUGCAGUUAUAGAGGAACCAAAUCUAACAUAUCUUGUUGUUAAUUUGCGAUAUAAAUUGAGCAAAUAAAGAGAGCGUCAUCACACACUAGCUUAAAAUGAGGUAUGUAAUAGUAAUCCUAUAACUUCCUGACACGAAAGAGGUCAUAUUGACCCACCUUCCACAGCCACUGUGUCAUGAGCUAAUGAGUGGAUAUGCAAAGGUGGAGUUCCCCUUUACUUUCGUUUAAUUAGCAUUCCAAAGUUUACCUUUGGAAUGGCUGGAAUAAUGCACUGAUGCAACUAACACUGAGCUCAUUAGGCUGCCUGGAAUUUGUGUCAUUCCUGUUCUGUUUUAUUCUUAGAAUGAAACAAAGUGAUAUUCAGAACAGAAUGAAUUAUCAAAAGCUAUGAACAUUGAUUGGUUUUUGUAAUGCUAGAAGGGGCUGAAUUUAGCUUUUUGUUUUAAAGUCGGUCUCUCAUAAUUUCGUAACAUGCAUUUCAUGCAGUAAGAAAGGUACUCCAAAAACAAUAACCAUACCAGUCAUUAUUUUUUCUCUGACCAAUUGCGUUUUUUUAAUUUAGAUGCAUUUAUCCAAAGUCAAUAAAUAAAGUCUUAAAGAAUUCUAAAACUAUAAUAACUUAAUCAUUGCAACAGAUUUGGAUUUCUUAUGUGAAAAUAUUGCGCAUUAGGUAAGAGUUUCAAAUGACAAAAGACUAUACGCUCAGUGUAAGAUAUGAAAGGGCAAAUGUUGAAAAUAACAGAGGUGACCUAAGUCUACAAGAAACAAAAGCAGAAUUUCGUCCUUAUAGUGUAAUUUGUUAGCAAGUCUAUGUGAAAAGGUGAAAAGGGAAUCCUCUCAGGAUGUAAUGUAGUAAUUACAUUGAAAUAUAUACCAAAGAAUACAGACAAACUACUCUGACAUCACCAAAGAUGCCGCGUAGAGGUCGAUUUCAGGAGCAGCGAGUGCCGUUAUGACUUCUAGUGCCAGGUCGCUGAGAUCAGAAAUCAUCUGUGGCAUUGGGGGAAGAAGGCAGCACAACGUAGAGGAAGUGGACGUCGGCCUCCCGCCACAUCUGAAACCCGCCACACGACUCACUCGCCAGAGGAGGCCAUCAUGUGAUUCCACCUAUUCCCUCAGCACCUCCUCUGCUUUUUCCAAAUUCAGGAGAGGAUCAGUUCCACCAGAGGAACUUCCGACCACACCAAGCCGGAUCCGCAGGACUGAGUCUCGCUUCAGGUUAAAGAGUAAGUCGCUUGACCGAGGGGGAUCUGUCGGCAGCUUGAGGCUGCACGGUCCUCGCCACAGACGAAGUGCGUACAGGUCACACGAGUCACUAGUGGGUGGUCUUAGAAGUGACGGCCUGAAUGUAGGGAGUGCAAGGAAGGUGGUGGCUGGAAGCGAGUUUCGUGAGGAAAAUAAUGUAAAUGAGUUGAAAGGAAAAGAAAAAAUAACGGGAACUCAAGAAAAAACUGACGGUGAAAUAGAAUCUGAAAAGAAAGCAGAUGUAGAGGGACUCCAAGCAGAACAGGUGCUAGACAAAUCCCCAGAAAAAUCAGAGCUUACUAACAACAAGAAAAAGUUUGGAGAUAGCUCUCCAGAGGGCCAGAAUGCACAUAAAUCACCCAAAAAAUCUGGAGCACACAAGGUGGAGGAAAAUGCAGAAGACAAACAUCAAGACAAAAAACUAGAUGAGGCUCAAGAAUCAACGAAAUUAGGAAAGCCUAAGAAGAAGCUCGACGUACACAAAAGUUCUAAGCCUGAGAGAAAAGGGUCUCACAAAAUUAAGAAAUCUGACAAAGUACAAGACUACAACAACAUACUAGAAAUUUCGCAUGAAUACCAAGAUCUCUCCAAAGCAGAUGACAAAGUUGGAAAGCUACAAGAAAAGGUACGAGUGAGUGAAUCAAAAGAGGCAGGAGAAGAAAAUCAGCAAGAGCAGACAGAAGAAGAAUCGAAAGAAACAGGAAAAGAAGAGAAGACAGAAGAGGCACCGGAUGAAUCCACCAAGGGUACACAAAAAGAGCAGAAAGAAGAGUUAACAGAAGAAUCGAGAGAGGGAGAAGAAGACAAACAGGAGGAGUCUGUAGAGGACUCUAACAACAAAGCACAAGAAGAGCAUAUAGAGCAAACUGCAGAGGGAUCUAAAGAGGAAGUACAAGAAGAACAGAAAGAGGAGGCAGCAGAGGAACUUAGAGAAGCAGUAGAAGUAGCGCAAGGAGAGCAGCAAAAGGAGGCAGCAGAGGAACUUAGAGAAGCAGUAGAAGUAGCGCAAGGAGAGCAGCAAAAGGAGGCAGCAGAAGAAUCUAACAAGACAGCAGAAGAGCAGAAGGGACAGACUGCAGAAGAAUCUAAAGAGGCAACAGAAGAAAAGGAGAAAGAGGAGGCUGUAGGAGGAGAAUCUGUCGAAACAGCACAAGAUCAGACACCUGCAGAAGAAUCUCAAGAAGCAAAAACAACACAGGGAGAAGAAACAUCAGAUGAAUCUAAAGAGGCAACACAAGUGGAGCAGAAAACAGAAGACCCUAAGGAAACGGCACAGGAAGAACAGACAGAGGAAACAGGAGUAGAAUCUCAAGAAAAGGCAGAUGUGAAUAAACCUGAAAAGGAAGAGGAGGCGGUACAAGUUCCAAAGAAGACAGAUGGUGAGCUUCAAGAGAAAGUAAAUGUAGAUGCCCCUGAGGGGGAGGUAAAAUCAGACAAACAAGAUGACCUUAGAGUAAGGGAAUCACAAGAAGCAAAACUAGACAAAACAAAUGGGGAAACAGCUACAAAUGAAGUUCCAAAAGAAUUAAAGACUAAGAAGUCUAAAAUUCCUAAAGGAAAAAAGCCCAAACCUCAAGGAGCAGAUGUAUCAAAUGAGGCUGAAGCAAGUCUUGGCAAUGAUGUAAAACCCAAGAAAACAGCAAAGAAACUAAGCACACCUGAACAAAACAACAGGAAACAGAAGAGCCUAGCCGAGAGAAAAGUACCCAAAAUCAAUGUUAGUGAUAAAGUAGCCAGUGACAGUGAUGACACUGCAAAGAACCUGAGUAAUAAAGAAGGAUUGCUAGGCGAACAAGAAGCGCAACCAUCUGUUUCACCGACAGAUAGCACUGCAACCCAUAGGAUAAACUUUGAAGUCAUAAUCCAAGAGAAUGCUUUAGGGGAUUACAACUGGACAAAGAGUCACGAAAAGUUGUAUUACCCCAAGAAAAAGAGAAGGGGCAUUAAUAAAAUUAGUAAGAGAGAAUAUCAUUCAGACGAAGAGAUCAACAAGGACAAGAAAGAAAUGGCCUCACACGACUGGAGCCACGGCACUUCUCUGGGACGCAAUACCAAGGGUCGAUAUGCUGGACACAAGCGUGUUCAGUAUCGCUCCAUUGGCAACGACCUUUCCACAGCAGGGUAUUGUCCACGAUGUGAUCCCAAUCCUGAGAAGAAGCCCAGGAAGGUCAAAAGAAGAAUAUUCAAAUCAGGUCAGAUUAUUUUAUUAUAUUUUUCAAAGUUGAACUCUUUGACAUAUGGUUCUGUUUGGUUUUGUAGUGUAGUUAGUAUUUUGGUAAGCAUACUGACCAGUUGGGGAGUUGGAAGAUGA